UACUACGCAAAAAACUGCAGAUUCACUUCAUUAUUUGACAUUUCUGAAAUAAGUUGUAGCUUAAGCGUUUGAUCUAAAAGAGAAGUGUGAAUACUCGAGAAAGAUGACAGUGACAGCAACGCCGCUUCCCGACAAUCUGCGGGUGAAAGCCUUCUCCGACUACAGAAAGAAACUGUUAGAGCACAAGGAAAUCGAGGGACGCCUUAAAGAAAAGCGCGAGGAGAUCAAGGAGCUGACCAAGCUGUACGACAAGUCUGAGAACGAUCUGAAGGCCUUGCAGAGCGUAGGACAAAUUGUCGGCGAGGUGCUCAAGCAGCUGACGGAGGAUAAAUUCAUUGUGAAGGCCACCAAUGGACCCCGUUACGUGGUCGGUUGCCGUCGCCAGCUGGACAAGGCAAAGCUAAAGUCUGGCACCCGUGUAGCCCUAGACAUGACCACGCUGACUAUUAUGCGUUACUUACCAAGGGAGGUGGAUCCUCUGGUUUACAACAUGUCGCACGAAGAUCCCGGCGAUGUAACCUACUCGGCCAUCGGUGGUCUUACAGAGCAAAUUCGCGAACUUCGCGAAGUAAUUGAGCUGCCUCUCCUGAAUCCGGAGCUUUUCCUGCGCGUCGGUAUCACACCGCCUAAGGGUUGUCUGUUGUACGGACCACCUGGAACCGGAAAGACUCUUUUGGCCCGAGCCGUUGCCUCCCAGCUGGACGCAAACUUCCUAAAGGUCGUGUCUUCGGCCAUUGUGGACAAGUAUAUCGGCGAAAGUGCUCGUCUUAUUCGUGAGAUGUUCAACUAUGCCCGCGACCACCAGCCUUGCAUCAUUUUCAUGGACGAGAUCGACGCCAUCGGUGGUCGCCGCUUCUCCGAAGGCACCUCCGCCGAUCGUGAGAUCCAGCGCACGCUUAUGGAGCUGCUCAACCAAAUGGACGGCUUCGAUUCGCUUGGUCAGGUUAAGAUGAUUAUGGCCACCAAUCGACCAGAUACCUUGGAUCCGGCCCUGCUGCGUCCUGGUCGUUUGGACAGGAAGAUAGAGAUUCCACUGCCCAACGAGCAAGCUAGGUUGGAAAUCCUUAAGAUUCACGCUCUGAAAAUUGCCAAGCACGGUGAGAUAGAUUACGAGGCCAUUGUAAAGCUUUCCGACAAUUUCAACGGCGCGGAUUUGCGUAAUGUCUGCACGGAGGCGGGUCUCUUUGCCAUUCGUGCCGAGCGAGAGUAUGUCAUUCAGGAGGACUUUAUGAAGGCGGUGCGCAAGGUGUCGGACAACAAGAAACUGGAAAGCAAGUUGGACUACAAGCCCGUCUAAGAACCACCCACCGCCACCAUCCAUAGAUAUAACCAUUAACCAUCUACACACAUAUACAGAUAUAUAUAUUAAGCCAACAGGGCUGUCACACAUAGUCCGUUGCUUCUUCACAUGCUAAUUAAAUGCUAUGUAAAGAUUAAA